AUGGAUACCAUGGAAAUGAGCAAUGACACGAGGGGUUGGAUCAUGGCCCUCGUAAGUGGUGUUGCCUGUGUUCUAGGCGCCAGUGUCAUCUGCGUCGACACGCUCAUCCGCCUUCUUCCUGGCAAGAAGAGCUUUCGGAUACAGGACAGUGAUGCAUUUCUGGCCUCAUCUUUGAGCCUGAGCUUCGGGGUUAUGAUAUUCAUGGCUUUGUACAGCAUGCUACCAGAAGCCAAAAGCUAUCUCAAGAAAGGAGGUCUGAAGGAGCAGCCGGCCGGCUUCAUUCUGAUAGGUUGCUUCAUUGGUGGAUUCGUCGGAAUUCAGGUCAUAUCACGACUCUUCCACCGCUUCCUCCCCUCUCAUGUCGUCGACUGCGACCAUUCCCACAAGGAGCAGCAUGAAGAUGAGCAUGAUCAUGUAGACGGCGAGACACAGAGACGAUCUUCACAUGUCCGGGAUUCUGACAAGCACAAUCAUCAUCACACCGAAAACAGUCUCGGGGAGAAUGGCCCGGCUACAGAGUCGACCCCUCUAUUGCCGAGCCAGAGCGGCCAUGGACGCGGCCGGGAGUUGUCCAGACCAAGCAUAGGAACCAGCAACAGUAUGGCAGAAUCUCUAACACCUCAUCCAGCCCGCAAUAGACCUGCUACAGCAAAUCGGCGGCCGUCCAUGGUUCAACUUAUUACAAGGAGAGUCAGCGCAUUUGCCGUUGAUUCCAAAACGAAUUGCGACGCUGACGGGCCAUGUCAUGGUUUUUCGGAUCCUUGCGGUCAGGAAUGUUUCAAGGCAGUCAGUAGCCGAUCAUCUAAUCACGGUAAUCGAUCCUCUACUCACCUGACGAGGCCACCCGUUUUUAUGCGUACGACUACCGGCAACAGUUUAACCGGUGGUAUGCAGCCAGUCAACGAAGAAAUUGACGAGGAUAUAGCGCCUAAUCAACUAUGCAAAUCGCAAAGACGAAUAAGCCGAGCUCGGUCUCGUGAUCCGAGUCAGGAUUUGGGUCAAGACCAACCAGCAUUGGAUGACGGUGCAUCAGAGACUUCUGUGGAUGUGGAAGCGCAACACCAUCACCAUGUUCCAGAGAAUGCAUUCCUAUCCAUUGGACUCCAGACGUCUAUCGCCAUUGCCCUUCACAAACUUCCUGAAGGUUUCAUUACGUACGCGACAAACCAUGCGAACCCAUCUCUUGGAUUCAGCGUGUUCCUUGCGUUGUUUGUCCACAACAUCUCAGAGGGGUUCGCCAUGGCCCUUCCACUAUAUAUGGCGCUCAACAACCGUGCCAAAGCUAUGGGGUGGUCUUUCCUGCUCGGCGGGUUGAGUCAACCGUUUGGAGCUGGCAUUGCAGUCCUUUGGUUUAAAAUAGCCAAGCAUACUCACAUGACACCGAACGAUGUCGCAUAUGGUUGCCUUUUUGCUACCACAGCCGGCAUCAUGGCAAGCGUUGCGCUUUCGCUUUUCGUCGAGAGCUUGAGCUUAAAUCACAACCGUAAUCUAAGCAUUUUGUUUGCAUUCAUGGGUAUGGCGUUGCUUGGACUCAGCAGCGCAUUCGCAGGCCAUGCACAUUAA